AUGUCACUUGAUUCAGAGAGAAAACGUCCACCGCCUUUACAGCUGAAUAACUCAUCCACACACACUGCUCACACCGCUCACACCACUCGCUAUCCUCAGCUAUACUCAGAAGAUCUCAAAUCACCAAGAGAAUCUCUAUUUGACUCUGAUAGCGCGAGUUCUCUUUUUGAUGUCAGCAGCGGCGUACAUCCAUCCACACCGCCCUCGCUAACUAACACACCACCCUCGAUAAGCGCGUCUUUAAGAUUGGAGAAGGAUAAGGGUGAUGUAAAGACUCAUAAUGAGACCAAGCUCGCGGACCUUAUCGUAAUUGGCGAUGAGGAGGAGCGACGCGCUGAAAAUGACAAGGAGAAUAGCAAGAACAACGCUCCACCACCAACUCCAGAGCCAGUAUACGCAUCCCCGCCCCUCGCAGUACCGCCAAAGCUCACCCAAACGUCUCCUUCGGUCGAGCGUUUGUACUACAUACCCCCACCGACACCUCCCAAGUUUAGAACAACCUCAACCCCGGUCUUGCACCCAAUGAGUCCUGGAAACACUCAUCGCACUCCUAAAACUCUCAAGAAUGCUCGCACAACAGAGCUUAUGAACAACGACUCACGGAUUGAAGAGGUUCCUGAAGAAGAGCAAGGUGAUGAUGAGGAGGAGGAGGAGGAAGAAGAGGCUGGAAUUGAUGGCCCUAGGUCGCCAACACCAGCAAGCUCUCGUAACAACAGUAACGAUGCAUCUAGGCUCGCGAACAAUGUCAAAUUCAAAGAAGAAGGCGAACCCAAGUCGGCAUUCGACGACAGCAGUUUCGAAGACCGUCAAGAUACCACCAAUUCGCGCCAAAGACUGCCCUCAUUCUGGGAAAAGAUGCGAAAAAGCAACAUUUUAUCGCCAUCUGCAUCAGCAAACAUCCCAGAUACCACAGAAAACAGCUCGGACUCUGAUAGUCACAUUUCUAUCCAUGUCUACGACUCGGAUUUGCACGACAUAGAAAACACACAAGCAUCAUCAUCGCAGUCGGUGGCCAGAGCACUAGCUUCACUGCCGUCAGACGCAAUUAAGAGCGUAAAGGAUGUUCCGGAUAUAGGACUGGAGAGCAAGUCUUUUUUGGCACGCAUAUUCGAUGCUGAGAACUCGAGUGCGGCGUCUAACUGCUUUUUCUUGGGCUUCCUCUUCGGGCCCGCGGUGUGGCUGAUUGGUGGGUGGACGCUGGAUUCGCGUGACGGCGCAGCUGUGCAGAGAGUCAAAGCAGAUGAUAGGCGGAGGGACUGGGCGAGUGAAUGGAAUGAAAUCAACUUGGCAUUCAAAAUCCGUGAGACCGAGAAACAGAACAACGAUAAGGAGAAAACUGCGCUGUCAGAAAAACCAACACACAAGAGAAAUAGCUCGAGCGGCAGUGCUAGUUUCGCAAGAAGUGACAGCGGCGCUGCUAUGGAUGCACACCCAUCGCAAUCCUCUAUAGCUACCAGCUGGGGCAACCAGGAUUCUUCUAACAAUCCAACUUCGGCCAACCAUCUCUUCAAACAAGGUGUCAAACCGCGUAAAUUCGUUUCAAGCGAUCCGGACCUCAGCUUACUCCCACCUCUCACACGUGAUUAUCCGGACAGGUGGGUUCUUCGAUGCCGUAUCGCUGCACUCGUCAGCGUGCCCCUCUGUAUAGGGUGUCUCAUCGCUGCGAUUGUCGGUGUUGUUGUUUCGUUUUAA